AUGGUGCGUAGAGAAAAGCGUCUGUAUGUUGCAAACCUGAUAUUAAAGGUGGAUGAAGCUACACCAAGCCGCCAGCUGUGGAACAUCAUCAAGGGGAUCGACACCUCCCUGUCAGGCACAGCGCGAAAAACCACCCUGAUGACCCACACAAAAGGUGAGGAAUUCAUGAACUAUUACUUCCACGGAAAGAGCAAAAAAAUCCAAAUGCCAAGUACUAGGACGCAUGAAACACUUGAAGGAUACGAGAUGGCACUGAAGGACAAUGAAACUCUCCAGGCUCUCGGAAAAACAAAGAGCUAUUCUGCCCCAAGGGAGAACCAAAUAUCGUAUGACAUUCUCAAACAACUCCCCUUAGGAAUGCAGCUAAAAUUCUCCGAGAUGAUCAGCCGAGUCUUCGUAACUGAAACCAUACCUUCACGGUGGAGAAUAACCGUAAUAAAGCCCAUACCCAAAAACAACGCCGUCCCUGGCCUUCCAAACGCAAGCAGGCCAAUCGCCCUGAUGAAUGUGGAAAUCAAACUGAUCAACACCGUGGUAAAGAACAGGCUCGCCGAAAUAGCGGAUAUUGGUGGACUGAUGCCAGAACUUUCCUUCGGCUUCCGAAAGCAUAGGUCCGCAUCUACUUGUGUGACCUACUUAAUAAACGCCAUUCAUGAAAUAAAGGAGCACGAAGAAGAAGCCAUAGUUGCCUUCCUUGACGUCAAAAAGGCUUACGACUCAGUAAACACAAACAAACUGCUACGGAUCUUGGCGGAUCUACACAUACCAAGAAAACUGAUUUCAUGGUUGUACGAGUAUCUGAGACAUCGAAUCAUGCGACUGGAAACGGAAGACGGUGUGAUUGAAGAAGUCGUGUCUGAAGGCUUACCCCAAGGAUGUCCUGUCUCCCCAAUGUAUAAUUUUUACACUACAGCGCUCCAUGAUCUAAAUGACGACUCCUGCGAACUCGUACAAUUCGCCGACGACUUUGCUGUGAUUGCCAGAGGGGCUACACUAGAGCUUGCGGAACAGAAUCUAAAUCACUUCCUUAACAAACUGGCGAGCAGACUGAAAGACCUAGACCUAGAAAUCUGUCCACAUAAAUCUGCAGUUAUACCCUUCACUGGCAAACGCAUUGACCAUCUGAGGCUCAAAAUCCAAGGUCAGCGGGUAGAAGUAGUCAACACGCACCUCUAUCUAGGUUUCAUGCUGGACCGAGCACUUCGGCACCGAAAGCACAUUGGCACAAUCACGGAAAAGGCUAGGGAAAAACUUCCCCUCCUCAAACUGCUAGCAAGAAAAUCAGGAGGUGCCAAUCCAGAAACGCUAUUAAACGUGGGAAACGCUGUCAUACGAAGCCGAAUGGAGUACGGUGCCUCUUCCUUUGGUAACGCCGCCAGUACCAACUUCAAAAAACUUCAACUGCUUCAGAACUCAUACAUCAGAAUAGCAAUGAAAUAUCUACGUAGCACUCCGGUGCAUAUCAUGUUAGCGGAGACAAGUCAACUGCCGAUGAAGCUCAGGAUUGAAUUACUCACCAAAAAGGAGCUGAUCAGAAGUGUAUUCCACAGGACACCCCUUCUACAUUUCAUCAGCGACACGCUGUCGAAGGAAAUCCCGAACGGAUCCUAUUUAUCUGAAAUGGCUGACAAACAUGCAGAUGACAUCUUCCAAGUUCAUCCGUCUGACAAGGACAUAGCGCGAGAAACGAGGAUGAAAUAUUUUUUUAACUUUGAUCUGGAGGACUUCGUACACCCCACUCUUGGUGAGGAAAAGCUAAUGAAAAAACAGCAUUGCAACCUUAUAUGGCAGAACCUUUUCCGGGAAGCGACACACACGAAAUACAAGGACCACAAAAUGAUAUUCCCUAAUGCUUCAAAAACGCCUAGUGGAACCGCGUUAGCAGUCUACGAUGAGUAUGAACAAAUCACGAAAACAGAAAGCAUAAAUAACAACUACUCCAUAACGAACGCGGAACUACGAGCUAUAUUCAAAGCAACAGAACAUAUAAAGGAAAAACAAUACAAACAGACUGUGAUUUUCACCGACUCAAGAAGCGCCUAUCAAUCUCUUAUGAACCGAAAUACACUGUUAGAAAAUUUCAUCAUAUGGGAUAUCCACAAAGAAAUGAAAAGCAUGCGAAAAGGGGCAGUGCAAAUACAAUGGAUCCCCAGUCACAUGGACAUUCAUGGCAACGAAAUAGCCGACCAAGCAGCGGUGGCCAAAUCUAGCGAAAAACAGACGGAACAUAUUGGCAUAACACAGGGAGAUGCAAUAAUUCUAUGUCAGAAAGAGGUUUUGAACGAAUGGACAAAGGAAUACAAACUGAUUUCAAAUACAAAAGGACGGUGGCACCACAAAAUUAUGGAGAAUCCAGGAAGAAACUGUUGGUCUAAAGAUCUUAUUCUGUCCUCAGAACAAAAGAAAAUCUUAAACAGAAUCCGAUCCCGGCACACCUGCACCAAAGAAAGGAGAGCCCUUUGGGGUCUCGAACUAGAUGAAUGCUGCGAAAUGUGCAUAGAACGGGAAGAUCUCAACCAUAGCCUGUAUCACUGCCCUAAAUACAACAACACCAGAAUCAAAUUUAACGCAUUAGAAUAUAUGAAGCCAUUAGAGGAAAUAUUUCUGGAAAAUUGCGAAGAGAGCAUGAAACAAAUCUGCAACUUCAUCAAAGAAGCACUGAUGCGUCCAAUGAUUAAGCCCUACGUUGUGGAUGAGUGGUUCGUCCUUACCGGCAUUGGUCAGGGGUCGAGAAUCCAAAUUAAGGAACGUGGGUUCAGGGUUAUUUUCGUUACAGGUCACUCUUCGGAUGGUAUCCAGGCAAUCAGGUAA